ACUUUUAUGUUACUAUUUCUACACACAAUCCAGAGGAUAUGAUGUGAGAAUUGUCAGUAACCUGGAAGAGAAAGUUGCUUCCUUCUUUUAUGUUAACACGCAAUUAGUCACUAAAGCGGUUUUCGUAAUUAUUGCAACAUUAAAGUGAUGUCACUGGUGAGUUUCUCAUGGCGGUCAUUCAGCUGCAGGGCUUGUAGUGAGUGCAUUGUAGUGUUAUUAGACUGAGUCACUGCAUCUCCGCCCCUGAGCUUCCCCCCUCUGUAGGAAGCACACCACUAUAAAACAGGCGUUGGCUUGGAGGAGCAGAACACACUGGAGCUAAAAACUUGCACAAUGGAGUUUUGCUUAUUGGCUUUAUUUGCAUUCUUGUCCUCUUUUUACACAGCUCUGGCAGUCCCACCGAGAGGUGUGUGCCUCCUCCAAGUGGACGAAGGACCUUGCAGAGCUGACAUUCAACGUUAUUACUACAACACCAUCACUCAGAAGUGUGAGGUUUUCUACUAUGGAGGGUGCCAAGGGAAUGCCAAUAACUUCAAGACUUACCAGGAGUGCCAGAAAACAUGUUUUAGGAUACCAAAGAUUCCUCAGAUGUGUAGGUUUCCAAUGGAGGAGGGGCCCUGCCGGGCACUCUUUAAGCGCUAUUUCUUCAACAUGACCACCAUGCAGUGCGAGCUUUUUUACUACGGUGGCUGCAAUGGCAACGCCAACCGCUUCUCAGAUCUGACCUCCUGCACGGAGUACUGCAGUCCACGAAAAACCAUGCCGGUGCUGUGCCUGGGACCUUUGGACAAAGGCAAAUGUUCCGCCUCCAUACCACGCUACUACUACAACACAGCCACCAAGAUGUGUGAGGAGUUUAUAUACUCAGGCUGCGGGGGGAGCAGCAACAACUUUGUCUCGAGGCAAAGCUGCAUGGACGUCUGUGUUAAAGGAGGGAAAAAGCACACUGGACAAGGAAAAAUCCGUCGCUUGAGAAGGAACCGGAUCACUAUUUUGCAGGCAUAAACAGAAAAUCACACUUGGACUGAUGCUUUAAAAAAAAAAAACACACAAAUAUUUCGAUUACGACUGCGCAUGUUCAGUUGCGUUUUUUGGAUUGUGUAAGAAUGUAAUGUAUAUUUUCUUUGACUGUGACUCCUUUAAGCACAUUUUUGUAUAAAUAUCUAUAUUUGAUAAAGUAUAUAUUCAUUGA